AAAAGCAUCAAACAAAAUAUACACAAUCAUAUAUAUAUAUUUUUACUAUAAAAUUUCUAUUGAACUAGUUUAUAUAAAUAAAAAAUAUGUUAUGAACUCAGUGGGCGGCUUGGCUUCUCGUAUUAUAUAAGCAAAGAACUUCGCAUCCAGCAAAAGCCAAGAGCGACAAAAAAUAAAAUCAAAUUUAGAGAGCAAAAAAUUAAGAAGGUGAGUUUUUGAUUCAUGGCAGCAAUAGAUAUGUUCAACAGCAACACAGACCUCUCAGAUCCUUUCAAAGAAGAGCUCAUGAAAGUACUUAACCCUCAUACCAACUCUGUCUCUUCUCUUCCUCCAUUUCCAAACACAAUCUUUGGUUUCAAUCAAACCACACCACUCGGUCUAAACCAACUCACACCUUACCAAAUCCACCAGAUCCAAAACCAGCUUAACCGGACACUCUCUCCAAAGCCAGUGCCAAUGAAGAAGAACAUAACCACUCAGAAACUCUACAGAGGAGUUAGGCAAAGACACUGGGGAAAAUGGGUCGCUGAGAUCCGUUUGCCCAAGAACCGGACCCGACUCUGGCUUGGAACUUUCGACACAGCUGAAGAAGCAGCCUUGGCUUAUGACCAAGCUGCUUACAAGCUCCGUGGCGACCUCGCGAGGCUUAAUUUUCCAAACAUGAGGCAAAGCUUCAAGCCUCUUCAUCACUCUGUUGAAGCAAAGCUCGAAAAGAUUUGUCAGAGCUUGGCGAAAACAGAGGAGGAGGAUGAUCUCCCCUGUUCUGAAACAGAGCUCUUCCUCCCGCCAAAAACAGAGUAUCAAGAAAACACGUUUUCAGAUGAGUCUCAGGUGGGAUCUUCGUCGUCUCCGGAGUCUGGUGUUACCACUGCGUUCAUGGAUUUUUCGGAUUUAGGGUUUGAUGAGACUGGGAGUUUCGUGCUGGAGAAGUUUCCUUCUGUGGAGAUUGAUUGGGAUGCGAUUAGCAAACUGUCUGAAUCUUAAAUGAUGUUUCGUAUUAGUUAGUUUGAUUUAAUCUCUGCAACUGAGUUUUUAUACAGUUUGUAGAGAAUAGUCUAAGGUUGUCUAUGAUGAAAUCAUCCUCUGUGUGUUUGGUCUGGCUGGUUCAUGUGUUUUUUUUUUCAUAAACUUUGUCAUUAGCCAACCACCAGAGGAGUUUAUGUGUAUUAACAUCUCUAAGUUUCUUUGAUAAAAAAAAAACAUCUUUAAGUUUCUAAUGAAUGUAAAGUAUUAGUCUCUUUAUUUUACGAUUUUAUGUUUCAUUUUUUUUUCUUUUUGCUAAGUUGCUUCUAUUUCAGUUUUG